AUCUCGCAUGUGUGUAAAUGAAACAGUGAGAGAAGUGGUGUGUUGGCAAUGAUUAGAACGAAAUAGUUCCAUAGCCAAAAUAUAUAUUUUUUGACUUUCCGCGUGUAUUUAAGAAUUUGUUUGGGUAUUUGUUAAGUUUGAACAUUUUUUUAAAUCUCUGGUGAAAUAAAAACGUUAUGUUAACGGUAAAAAAAUAUUACGUGCCGAAACCGUGGUCGCGCAUUAAUAAUGUUAAUAGUCACUUGUUUGUUUUCUCUUUCAGCCGCUUUCAGCAGCUCUUUAAGCAGUCUGCAGUCUGUACGCCAUUUUGCAGUGUGUUUUAAUAUAUUACUGACCGUGAAAUAACGUACAGUUUGUGUUUCAGGAUUUUGUGUUAAUAUUGUGUAUUUUAACUUUGUUAUAUUAUUUAUUAUCUACUAUUGUAAUGAUGGAAUUUGUUAUCGUUUUGAUAUUUUGUGUGGUUCUUGUGAUUGCUGUAAUGGUAAUUGGUUCCGGGAUGGGGAAAGCUACUUCGUCGCAGCGUCAGAUGGACAUCAUUAACGUCGCUCAGAACUUAUAUCUUUUAAUUAGGAAAGGCGACUUGAAGAAAUGUGACGUUACGCAGACGACCGCGUUUCUUCUCAACAUCGCAAAGUCAACUGUUCUCAAGUACUACAAGAAAGACAUUGAAGAAGUUUCAACACCAGGAAAAAAGAGGAAAAAAAGGCCACAGGAAGGAAAGUCACUUGACACAGUCGACGAUUUCACAGUAAAUGCAAUCAGGAAUGCAAUUUACAGGAUGUACGCUGAAGGUUUGAAUGUUACAGUCGACACCAUUUUGAAAGAAAUCAGGGAAAGACAAAUAGAUUAUUAUGGUGGAAGAUCAAGUCUUCAUAAAUUGUUAAAGAAGAUGGGAUUUUCAUGGAAAACUGUUGAUGGACGAAAAGCUUUGAUAGAGAAUGAAAACAUAGUAUUGCAGCGAAUAGAUUUCUUGAGAAAGUAUAAAGAAGAAAAAGAAAGAGGUGCCAAUUUCAUAUUUGUUGAUGAAACAUGGAUUUUCCAGAGAGGCAAGGCAUUAAUUUAUUUGAAAAUUUGUUCUGUGGUCCAAUACAAAGUAUUUCAUUUCCAUUUCAUAUAUUUUUCAGGAACUGUAUCAAAGUCAUGGCAGGACAAGAGUCUACAAUCUGCGAAGAGACGUACUGUUGGAGAUGGUAAAAGGUUUAUUGUUGUUAAUGCUGGAGGGCGCACUGGCUUUGUGCCAGGAGCAGGAUUACUUUUUGUUUCAGGUCAGAAGACUGCAGACUACCAUGGCGAGAUGAAUGGGGAAACUUUCUUGAUGUGGUUUGAAGACAUGUUGGUGCAUCUUGAGGAACCCAGUGUCAUCAUAAUGGACAAUGCUUCAUAUCACAGCACCCAGGUUGAGAAAACACCUACAACGAACUGGACCAAGGCUGCACUGAUCGCGUGGCUGGAGAAGAAUGGGAUAAAACAUGAAAAUAAUUUGUUGAAAGUGGAGCUGCUGAGAAUAGCUAAACAAAACAAGCCCCGAAUACGAUAUGAGGUAGACGAGUUGGCUCGUAACUAUGGCCACGAAAUUCUACGACUCCCACCCUAUCACUGCCACUAUAAUGCAAUCGAACUAGUUUGGGCUCAAUGUAAACACCAUUACAAUAGUAACGUGGGGCGGGCCAAGAGAUUUGACAAUGAUGCAGUUGCAGCCAUCUGGAAAGAGGCUCUUGAUGCUUCCACACCAGAGAGAUGGGCGAGGUGUGUGGAUCACGUGGAGAAGCUAAUUCAAGCAGACUGGGAGAGAGAAGUCCACAUAGACAGCGGCACCAUUCCUCCACUCAUCAUCCACCUCGGCGAGGAUAGUUCAAGUGAAGACAGUGACAGCGAAGAAUUUGAGGUUACGACACAGCAAGUAGAUGGAGACAGUGAAGUACUGGCAGUUCCUCUUGAUGAUUUACCCGGGUGUUCUUAUUGAGGUCUGUAUGUAAUAAACACCUGGGCAACUGUAAGUAUUGGGGUUUGAAACAUUUUUUUUUUCUUUUAUGCAUUCCCAUGAAGUAUGUUGAUUACUGGAACUUUAUGUAUUAACUUUAUAUUACACGUAUUAUGAAAUGAAUAUUAAAUUUCAUUUCUGGAUUCGUAUAGGUGUAUGUGAAACAUUUUAUUUUGUUGUGUGUCUUCAUUUUUCAGUGAACUUACUUGGAAAACAAAAAGCCAGUCCCCAUCCAGGGCCACAAAUAAAUAAUGCAUAUAAGUGGUAUAGAAAUUACUGUCAAUUCUUCACCACAAUUUUACUGUUCAUAAAAUUAUGAUUUUGUCUAAUAAGUAUACUCAGGAAAAUGUAUAUAACCAUAUUUUUAUUUGUGGCCUUAACCGGCAAAAUGGUAGGGGUUUAUUAAAUAAAAGAAGAAAAUUCAUUUUUAAA